AUGACCCUUCAUAUGGCUACCAAGCGGCCGCCCCGGGUCCUCCACCGCCGCAGUCGCAAACCCGUGCAAUGCGCCCACCGGGACCCCCGGGCCCAGGACGGCCACCUGCCGGAUACGACGAUCGGCGCGGCUAUCCUGGUGGUAGGCCACCUCCACAGAAAAUUUCCAGGCCUCCCGGAUCUCGCCCUCCGCGACAAGGCGAGGGCUUCGAUGGCCCUUUCCCUGCAGUCCCCCCAGGCCGAGACCCUAGAGAUCCAAGAGCUAGAGAUCCUAGAGACCCGAGAACUAGAGACCCGCGAGACCCAAGAGCUAGAGAUCCUAGAGACCCAAGAGCUAGAGAUCCGAGAGACCCACGAGACCCGCGAAACCGACGACCUCCCCCUGACGGAAUAG